GACUUGCAGACGCUGGAAACAGAAAAUAAAAGUUUUAUCCUUGAAAACUUAAAGAAAGGGGCGGAGUACUGCAUAGAGGUGAAGCUCAACACCAGAAAACUAAACAACCAUGAGCCGUCUGCCUGGAAGUGCACCUUCACCACGGCGGUGGACCAGCAGAGAGGCCUCACUUUAGGUUUGGUCAUCGGCGUCCCGAUGGUUGCCAUCUUCAUCGUCACGAGCUGCCUGCUCCUCCUCUUCUACACGGGAGUCAUUUGUAAACUGAAGGAAACUGUGCCCAGAGCUCUAAUUACGGCUCUAACCAAAGGCUACGUCCUGACCCCGCAGCCCACCGUCCCAGAUCCCAUCUCAGUUAACUCGGAGACCGGGGAGCAUAACAAUCACACAACAUCACCUUCUGCCAACAUUGACGAUGUCUCAGAGGACGACGACGAUGGCAACUAUGUGAACAGAGCAGUGGAUCUCUCCUCGGGGGAGAGCUGCUGCUGUGAGGAGCUGUCUGGCAACAUGUCAACGAACAGCGAGCCAACGGCAGCACUGGACGCUGGAAGCUCAAGGUUAUUUGCUAAGGUGAAAGUAACGGCGCUGCCUGCAGAGUCUGACGAAGGCCAGGUGGAGACGGAGGUGGAGGGAGCGCAGCUCUGUUUGGUGAAAGAGAGGAGUCGAAGUGGAGUCUGGGGACAAAGUCAGGACGAGGAGGUGACGAAGUCCAAAGAGGACAAGGAGGUGCGGGACAUCUCCGGCAAUGUCAACCUGUUCUCAGUCACCCUCGCCUCAAUGGCUGCACGCGAUGAAGAUGAGGAGGACGUCACAGGCUUUUUGAAAGAGUCCAGCCUGGAGGGUUUACCUGCCACAGACUCACAAACUGAAUCAGAUCACCUGACACCUCAAGUAUUCCCGACACACACAGACCGCACUGCGAGCAGAUGUGAAGGCAACAGCACGGACACGCUAACUGAAGAGGAAGAGGAGGAGUUCUCGCCCUAUUUGAGAAACAGAUGAUACUGAUGUGUGCUGCUCUGAGCGUCGAUGACUCGCAGGUUCUCCUCGUGUUUGUAGACCAGCUUAUUAUUUGGUGCUGCAGGUCAGAAGAUCUGCAAAUGAACCAGCCGGAUUUUCUGUGUCCGACGUUUUGACUUGUUUGACUGUGAACGUAAAACUGAUGCUGCCAAAUGGGGUCCAGACACUUUUUAAUGUUGUUUGAAAAUUAACAUAAGCAUUUUAAGAAAAUCAAAGGAAACUGUGACAUUUCUCUUUCUAAUGUUCUUCAUUAAA